AUGCCGACAGGUUUCCGCGACAUAUCAACCCGCCGCGCCCCCAUCUAUAUCGGUGACAGGAACUACUUCAGCCGCAUCCGCAGCCGCGGCCCUCGUGCCUGCCACAAUUCAUCCUGUGCAGGUACCUCCAACUUCCAGACUUCCGAACCCUCAUCCCGCGCCCGACGUGAUUCGAACUCGGACGAUGGUGCAGGUGCAGGUGGAGGUGUCUGGGUCUGCAGAAUGAUCCCGAUCCCGGCAUCGGAGUUCAAGCAGAGGAUGAGGAUUGCAGAUGCGGUACAUGCGGAGAUUAUGCGGGAGCGGGCGGAGAUGGAGAAGGGGGGUGAGCACGAGCGCAUCUUCGACAGCCUAGUCACUGAUACUUUGAAACAAAGGCUCGAAAAGAGGAAGGAGCGGGAGAUGGGUAGGGAUCUCGCGGGUUCCAGGACGGAGACACUGGGGCGCGAGGCUGGGAAGAUGAAGGAGAAAUGGAAGGACAGAAGAAGAAAAUGA